AUGGGGAGGAUGACCUUCGUGGAAUUAUUCCUCUGCUUCUCAGCUGGGGCUUUAAUGGUUCAUGCUGAGGAUCCCUAUCAUUUCUUUGAAUGGAAUGUCACCUAUGGUACCAUUGCCCCAUUGGGUGUUCCCCAGCAAGGUAUCCUCAUCAAUGGCCAAUUCCCAGGUCCUAAAAUCAACUGCACUUCCAACAACAACAUUGUUGUCAACGUCUUUAACAAUCUUGAUGAGCCAUUCCUCCUUACCUGGAAUGGUGUGCAGCACAGGAAGAACUCCUGGCAAGAUGGCACCCUCGGUACCAUGUGCCCCAUCUUGCCCGGUAAGAACUUCACCUAUCAUUUCCAAGUCAAGGACCAGAUUGGAAGCUUCUACUACUUCCCCACCACAGGAUUGCACAAGGCAUCUGGUGCCAUCGGUGGCCUUCAAGUCCACAGUCGAGAUCUCAUCCCGGUUCCAUUUGACAACCCUGCAGAUGAGUACUUUCUCCUCUUGGGCGAUUGGUACAACAAGGGCCACAAGAGCUUGAAGAAGCAAUUGGAUAGUGGCCGCUCCAUUGGCAGGCCUGACGGAAUCCAUAUCAAUGGUAAGUCUGGAAAGGUCAGUGAUAAGGCUUCUGAGCCCCUUUAUACCGUGGAAUCUGGCAAGACUUAUAGAUGCAGAGUCUGCAAUGUUGGAAUGAGGACCUCUGUCAACUUCAGACUCCAAGGACACACCUUGAAGCUCGUCGAGAUGGAGGGUUCUCACACCGUGCAAAACGUCUACGACUCCUUGGAUCUCCAUGUUGGACAAUGUCUCUCAGUCUUGGUUACUGCCAACCAAGUACCCAAGGACUACUACUUUGUGGUUUCCAGUAGGUUUGCUCAGCAUCCACUCAGCUCUGUGGCCAUCAUUCGCUAUCUCAACGGAAAUGGUCCAGCAUCUCCUGAGCUCCCACUUUCACCCCCUGACAAUACAGAAGGCAUUGCUUGGUCUAUUAACCAGUUCCGCUCAUUCAGGUGGAACCUGACAGCCAGUGCUGCUCGUCCCAAUCCUCAGGGCUCUUACCACUAUGGCCAGAUCAACAUCACCCGCACCAUCAAGCUCGCAAACUCUCGAUCAUAUGUCGACGGUAAGCUUCGCUUUGGCCUCAACGGCGUCUCCCAUGUGGACUCUGAGACUCCACUCAAGUUGGCAGAGUACUUUGGAGCUUCCGACAAGGUAUUCAAGUAUGAUAUCAUCAAGGAUGAGCCCCCACAAGACAACACCAAGUUGAUUUUGGCCCCCAACGUGCUCAAUGCCACCUUCAGGAAUUUCGUGGAGAUCAUCUUUGAGAACCAUGAGAGGACUAUCCAGACUUAUCACCUUGAUGGUUACUCCUUCUUCGCCGUGGCCAUAGAGCCAGGAAGGUGGAGCCCUGAGAAGAGAAAGAACUACAACCUCCUCGAUGCAGUGAGUAGGCACAACAUUCAAGUAUACCCCAACUCAUGGGCAGCAGUCAUGACAACACUGGACAAUGCUGGAAUGUGGAGCUUGAGGUCGGAAAUGUGGGAGAGAGUAUACUUGGGACAGCAACUCUACUUCAGCGUUCUCUCCCCUGCCCGUUCCCUGAGGGAUGAGUACAACCUUCCUGACAACACACCGUUGUGCGGUAUUGUCCCUGGUUUGCCGUUGCCCCCUCCAUACACUGCUUGA